GUGACACAGUUCAGGCGUCAAUUAAUAAAGUUGAACAAGGUACAGUACGGUUGAUAUAUUCAUGUAUGUUUACAUAGCUAUUGGCCGCUUUUUGUAUUCGACUGUGAGAAAGUACCAGUUCUUGGUCGUUUGUAUAGCUAUAUAAUCUAUAUAUAUAUAUAUAUAUAUAUAGCAAUAGACUACCGUUAGUUGGACAGUUACUUCAUUACACUAUUCCAAUUGUACUGGUUUGUUUUAUCAACGAAGUAAUAAUAUAUAGUACCAAAGAUGUUAAGAGUUGUAAACAAGCUCUCCCUUAUGAUUAGUUGUCGAUUCAUUGGUUUUGUCGGAUGUCAAAAUAUCGGGUUAGCCAGUGUUCAACACAAUAAACAUGUUAUUUUUUUAAUCAAAAUAUUAUCACAUCAAUUUAAUCUCUAAUCAGCAUCCAUGCAUCUAUUUGGAAUUUGUUUAUUUUAUAAAUAUUCAAAUGACCUGUUGGAAAUCGUUUUGGAAGACGUCAUACACAGCCACAAACGAGUUUAAGACAUUUUCAAAUAACGCUUUAACUGGAUUCUUAAACUGAUAUUUAGAUAUUUGAUACUUGUAUUUUUCAACUAGUUGAAUCCAUGUCCAUUUCCGUAUAGGUUGGGCGUCAUAUCCAUACUUACCUGUAAUCCACAGAUUAAUAAGAAGACACGCGUAGUUUCUACAAUGUAUUGAAAGAAACGAUUGCUCGAUUUUAUAAUUAUUUAAUUAUGACAAACAGUUCAUGAUCUUUUGCACGCGCAUGUUCAUUAAUGCCAAUCACAAUAAGUGCCCUACUUACGUAUAUGUAAUUUCUCAAUAUCUUUCCAGCGAUAUAUUAAAAGCAAUAAUGUUGAUUUGUAAUAAGUAAUUGUUAAAAAGAAUUCACAAGUUUCAAGAAAAAGUUUGAAGAAAAGUUUUUUGUCCUUUUUUUUAAACUUAUUUUGAAUUCAGUUUCGUUGACACAGUUCAGUAGGCAAUGAAUAAAGUUCAACAAGGUACAGUACGGCUGAUAUAUGCUUACAAAUUGUCCGCGUUAUGUAUUCGACUGUGAGAAAGCAACAGCUCGGAGGCGUUUAUAAAGCUACAUAAUGUACAUAGAUAUAGACUACAGUUAGUCGUCAAGUCAGUGUAUAUGUUUUUAUAUGAGUUUAUAUUAAGAGGCAUUUUUUUCAAUGUCACGUAGGCUAUUUGCAAUAAAAAGUGUUCAAAACCUAAAAUAUUUUUGUCGUCCCUCUCAAAGUUAUUUUGUUUUAGCUGUAUUCUAUAGUUUAUAGAGUUAGCUACCUUUUUAAAUGCAUCUGCUGGUUGAGUAACAUAAAAUAAUAGUUACAAAUUGGCAAUUAAAAUACAGUUAUCAAUGAUGCUCUAAAAUUGACUCCAUAUUUACAGCCAUAUAAGCAAAACUUAGUGGACUUCAGACAUCAUUUCUCUUUGGCGUAUCAUCUAAAAACCUCUCCAUUUUAGCAUUAUUUUAAAGAUAAAGCACUAAACAUACUUUUUAAGUUUGUUUGGCGAUUGAGAAACGUAUCGCAAAAUAAAAAUAUUGAAUUUAAUCAUAACCACAAGUUGUAUAUUAUACGCAUUAGUUUUGAGCGCAUGUUACCUAACCGAUACAAAAAAAUUUUCUUCAUAAUUUGUUCACGGUCACGAUGAUUGAGCUCAUUGUAUAUUCAGUAUUAAUUAAGUAACCAUCCAAUAUGGUAGCUGAAAUGAAACGUGCAUGGAACCACGGAUGAAUAAAUUUAAUGUAGUUGAGACAAAGGAUUUGAACAAUGUGCACGGUGAGGUAGUGCUAAACAUCAUACAAAGGCCUUCUACUUUGUGCCUUCGAAGACUUUCGCACUUCCAAACCAUCAUUUUUUUAUUGACUAAAUGGUUUUAUUUAAUUAGUGACUUUUGGAAAUAGAUUUAAAGUGCCUAUGCGAGAAUUAUUUUAUGAUUGAAUUGGAAAGUUCAUUCGAAAUCAUAAUGUAACUUAUUUUCUAAAACUUUGUUAUCUUUCCGGUAUGUUAAGAUUUUUGACUUUGUUUCAUAUGAAAAGUGACUUAAAUGACGUCACACUGCAUAAAGAGUUUUUAGAAAGAAAACGUUUCCUUGCCAAACAUGUGAAAGUUAUCUACUUUAAGAAGUAUCAAAGCUAUCACUUCGUCUGAAAAUUUGAAUUAAUGACAAUUUUAGCAAACUAAAAAACAGUCAUCCGUAAAAUAUAUUAUGGCGUUUGACGUCAUAUUAGUCAUAUUUGUAUGGCAAAGAAAGUCCAAUAUUUUGAUAUACCGGAAAGAUAACACAUUUGAAAAAAACACAGUUACUUAUGAUUUUAAAUGAAUUUUGCAAUUCAGUCAUAAAAAAAUUCUCGCAUUGGCACAUUUAAGGUUGUAAUUGUAAGCAUAAAAUAUAUUCGAGCGGUCUUGAUACUGGAAAAGCAGUGUGAUAUACAGCAACAAACAAAUUUAAAACAUUUUCUUAUAACAUUUGUGAUAUAGGACGCUCGGAUAUUUUUCAAAUACCACUAUUCUCAAGCACUCGUGAUGAUAUAUGCGAAGAAAAAUAAGAUUGUAACAACACAAGUUUGAAAUCAUCGGCAUUAUUCAUACAUUGGCCGUUUACAAAUGUACAGCUGUAAUAAGUAUACGAGCUUUGCCUAAUAACGAGAGACAACGUACAACGGAUCAACUCAAGGACGACAACGUGCCCGAUAGUGAUAUUAAUGAGUUGAGGGGAGGCAUUGCGCGCAAGCGCAGCUGCCGUGUGAACCAACCGAAUUUUUUAUAUUUAAACAAUAACAUUUUAAACCCAAAAUUGGCCUAAUAGCAAAAUUCUCAUCAAAGAUGGCUCAUUUAAUUUGUUUAUAAAAUUAUCUAACAAAAAAUAAGACACAACCAAGUAAAAUUAUAUCAAUGAAACGCAAUUGCAUUGGGAGAUAAAUUACUGGACAUGCAAUAUGAAACAGCUUCUUACUAUUAUAAACAAUUGCUAUCAGUAACAAAACUUAAAAGAAUUAAUUUUUCAUUAUUCAUGGAUACUUAACGCCAUUUAUUUCCAAAAGCUAUGCAUGCAGCAGAGCCAAAUAAAGUGCUACUGUAUACGAAGAGCAGCAUGCAUUAGGGCAUAUAAAAAAAUAUGCUUAAAAUUUUCAAUAGGUUCACUACAUCUGGUACAAGUCGGUGAUUUAGCACAACUUUUUAUAAAAUGUGGUGAUUGAGAGUAUAUUAUUAUUUAUUGUCUUAAACGUGUAUGAAAAAUUGACACUCACUGCUCCCCUACAAAGAACAAAAGGAUUAGCAUGCGAAAUGUCAAAUUAUCGAUUAAUAAGCGAAGAUUUGAAUUUCUCCAUUCAAGAAGAUGCCCGUAUCAAUUAAUGCAGGUAAUUAAAUUGUUCCAUAAUUGAGCUAAUCAUUUCAAACAAACAAUCUGUGAUUCCAAAUAAUCCAAAAUGAGAGCAAUUGAAAUUAUGUCUAUUACACCGCAAAGACGCGCGAGUAAUUUGCAACAUUGGGUGACACCAGAUAUAUUCAAAGGCAUCUUUUACUUAUUCAAUAUUCUACACAGACUUGACAGCCAGAGAUAUUGACAUUAUUAGGCAUACUAUUCCAUCAAAUUUUCCACUGUCUUUUACCACGAUUUGUGGUUAGUUUUUACGCUAUUUUUUAAGCCAAUGAGGGGCAUUUGCAUGUAGACAGAGUAAUUAAUAUCACUUUGGAAAAUAGCUAUGGGUUUUACAAAAUCUUCUCUUGCAUUUCAAUACAGUUUCCUCAAAAUACAAUAAACUACUGGUGAUUCGAUUACUGUACAAUUGAUGAGAUUGGUCGAGAUGGUUCAUCUCUAGUCGUCCUAAUCAUUUGACACACCAAUACUGUACGCGAAAAUUCUUAAUUUAAAUUUAAAUGUUUUGGUUUGGUUAUGAGAGAGGCAAACAUAUUAAAAAUAAUUCAAGUAAAAAUUAUAUAUGUUGAUACAUAUCUUGGUUGCUUUUAUGAAAUUACCCAUUUGCCACAGAAUAAGUAUACAGCUAUUUCAAUUAAGGUUGUCCCCGAGCAAAGCGGAAUACGAUCGCGAAAGAAAGCUGCAAAUCGUUAAUAAAUUCAUUAUUUUUUUGCGAUUCCCAGCAGCCUUUCGCGCUGGUAUUCGACUUUUCCGUUUUAGUCAUGCAGAACCUUAUAUAAUUGAAAUAGCUAUAUAUACAGGGUGUAAAAAAAAAGCGCAAUCCUCGACUGAAAUGUAAAUUGCUAAACAAAUAAUAGACGAAAACGUUAAAGUUUACAUUCAUAUUAAUGCGUAGCCAUUCAGCUUUCUAACAGUGGGUUGUUUCUUAAAUUUGACUCAUUGGUUCGCGGGUAAUAAUACUUUACGUUAUUGCGAUUGGAGAUUAAAAAAAUUGAGAUGGAAUAACAAAUCGUUCUCAUGAAAAUAACUGUUUUUCAUUAAAACAAACAAAUGUUGCAUUUUAUUAAUUGGAUUGUAACAAUGAGUAUAAUUAUGGCUUUUCUUCCAUUAUUUUUAACUCAGUUUGAAACUUCAAAUGCGAUAUAAUUUUGGCUUGGACCAUCUAAGCUGACUGACAUCAACUUGCUAUAAUUUCUGUUUACAUUACAUCGCAAUUCGAUGACACUCUGGCUCAGACACCAGAAUGUUUUGACGAUUUUUAGCAUUCGUUUAGGAUUUUCAAACAACCUGGUCUCUUUUAAAAUAAUUUUAAUUUGUUCUUACGUGGUUUUCCAGAUGUAGUGACGACAACAUUAAAGUUUAAAGAAGAAAAUUCUAACAUUUAAACCGACUAAACAAUAACAUAGUAAACUUGCAUAAUUAAACAGCAACUAAAAAUUAUAGGUUUUACUAAAUCUUUUCCUGUGCAAUUAUUACUAGCAUUGGAGACAAGGAUAAUAGUUUGUUUGAAAGAGGAAAGAACAGGCUUUGAAGUAAGCCUAAAAGCGUUUAACUAGAAAUAGUAUUUCGAAAGUUAUUAAGCACAAAAGAUGAAUUGCGUUUAUUUUGAUACAACCUGCAGUAUAAGCAUUUGAUACUGUUGAUCCAUGCAUUUAUUCACUAUAAUGCCAUGUUACAUAAAUUCGAUUCGCGGUGUAUAAUUUAUGGUAAUAUAAUGUUAUUAACGUCGCUUCCAGAACUUCAUGCUUUUUUACAACCUUCGAUUUAUAGGCUUCUUUGAUUAUUGAAUAGCAAAGAAUGUUUAACAAUACCCAAGUGCUCUAUUUCUUGACGUUCGCAUUCAUGCUUUAUGCAGCUGUGUAAAGGAUUGGAAUAUUCAUCGGCAUGCCUGCCUAAGAUUUUGGGAGAGGUUUUGCGGGCGGGAAAAUUAGGACAGAAUUAUUUUUCUCGCCGACAAGUCCGGCUUCCCCCAAAGAAACCGGUCUCGUAAUACGAUUAUCUCCAUUACGUAAUUAUGCUAAAAUCAAUUACGUACUAAUUAUUCCUAAUCGAUCUAUUUCAAAUCCAUAAUGCACCUCUUUGGCAGGUCUGAGCUAGAAUUAUUUAGGAACAACAAUGUUUCAAUUCGCGCAUAUCAAUAAACAGCAUGCAGGAGAACUACGUACAGAUUUUCGAAAGCCAAUAUCCCAUGUCUGAUUCUGAUAACCAUUUACCUGUAGUAUAACAUUGUAUGACGCUGUGUAUUGGUGUAAUGUGACUAUACAUUUCUAAUAGCAAAACAAAUGCUAGAAUGUUGUGCGUUUCCAUUGUCCAAAAGUUAAGAUGAGAAAAAUAAUAACGAUAAGCAAUAAUAUUAAGCAAUCUUAAAAAUUUAGCUUUGAAUAGUUUGCUACUUGUUGUCGCGGAUGUAUUGUAGUUCAUUUCCUUUCAAUAUUUUCGUAAUAUAAACAUAGCUAAUAAAUUUAAGAAGGCAAUAUAAAUCGUUAUUUUCCAGCUCAUGGGCAAAUUGAUCUUUAAGCGUGUCUAGCAUCCGCAAACGAGUUUACGACAUUCAAUAUUUUUAAUACUUUUAAUUUUGUGCCAAAUUGAAUUCUCUAUAAAUUCGCUCUAUGUAUUCAUUAGUUUUGGACGGCCCACUGCCUGAUCAAUGCUGCUGGUGAAUCGAAUUUGCAUUGUGUUCAACAUUUGGCAUGUGUGCAUGCAUGGUGCUCUAUAGCCUUGGCUACUAUCAGACGGGCAGUUACCUUUGAUUCCUUUCCGUGCUGCCAAUAUGAUUUUUUUAGGAUCAUGACCGUGUGCCUUAUUUGUGUUGAAUUUGUUUGCCUUCUAUUCUUUCAGACGUCAUGAAUAAUCGACUAUUUCCGUUUCUUUUUCUGGUUGUUGUUCUAUCCUCGUCGCGUCAGGAAUCUCUGGCUUGUCAAAUACAAUCAGGUAACCAUUAGAGUAGUAUUUUUAAAAAUUCAGUCAUGUUGGAAAGAGAACGAAAUAUCCCAAUAUAUGCAUUGAGAUUCCAUAAAGAGUAAUUAGUGUUGUGAGGCAUGCUCGUACUCUGCAGGUUCUUUCCACUAUGCUCCUCGCUGGAGGAAAGACCCUGGUCCAGGCUGGUCACGUGUUUCUCAAAUUUUGAGAGAUAACAAUUGGAACUUAUGGCGGGUAAGUAAGGUAAAUGUGGCGUUCGAGUUGCUAAAGGAGUUCAAGACAAUACAAGAAGUUUGAAUAAAAAGACACAAAGGCUUAUCAUGAAAUGAAUAUUUGUUAUUAGCAUGCAUGUAUAUUUUAUAAAAUACGUCAUAGUAUGGUCAUAACGGUCAUUCUAAAGAGAUUGCACAAAUUUGGUGAUGCACUCCCAUUAAUUAUUUUUUAAAUAAUUUGAGCAUCCUUAUAUUCUAACAUAUUCUGAACAGAUAGCCAUUCCAAUUCUUUAAGGUCAGGUGUUAUGUGAUCAAAUUUCUUAAUUCCAAGAAUAAUCCUUGCAGCAAAGUUUCGAACUAACUGUAAUUUGUCGAUAUUCUGUGUAUAACUACCCGUCCAUACAUAGGAACAAUAGUAUAGUUUACUAAAUAUUAGAGAGUUGAUAAUCAUAAUUACAAUCGGUUUGUCAAAAAGAUGUUUAACUCUAUUAAUUUGACAAAGCAAUCCCAUCAACGUCGAGGUCAGGUUGGUAACGUUGAUUGUGUGUUCGUUAAACGUCAGGCAGGAGAAUCCAGCGUUACGCCCAAUUCCAGUUCGGGAAACUAUUGGGCUAAACGAACAUCAUCUAUAUAUAGCGUGUCUCCUUGAUCUUACAAUGGGCAGAUUUGACGGUGCAGAAUCGUGUGAACUAGUGGGUUCAUAUUUACUAGCUACAUCUUAACACAACAAAGCAUGGAAACAACUUCGGAAAAUAUAUAGAGCUGACUGGUUAGGAGUCAUUAAAAGCGACAGCGCGUGUGAUAGGAAUGUCAAAAAAGAUUUGUGUUCCAUUUUCAACAAAUACGGGCUCAAAAUCACAAUUGAACGUUACUCUUCAUUUAUCAACCGGGAAAUAUCAGGCAUAUGCCAAACCUAAUAAUAUACCCUUUACGUGCACAAGAAAUCUAACCACCCACCUAAUAUCCUGCGCAAUACCCCACUGUCUAUCAACAAAUGCCUAACUGAAAUAUCAUCCGAUGAGGAAUCAUUUCAACGAGCCUCGCAACAAUACCAUCAAGCACCUCAGAAUAGUGGUUAUAACUUAUAAUCACCAAUUAAAGUACAAGCAGCCACAAAAUCAUACAACCACUCAAACCCGAAAUCGGAGACAAAAUAUUAUAUGGUUCAAUCCACCAUUUACUAAAAAUGUAUCAGCGAACAUGGGACAAACAUUUUUGAAUAUCAUUGAUGAUGAAUUCCUACCGGGGCCGGCCAAGGAAUAUUUUAAGUAAUAGACUGCAUGGUAGGCCAUUUGGCCAACCAGGCCCCUCAAGUGGCCCACCACUCACAGGGUAUUGGCCCACCACUGUGUGGGCCCCGCAGCUUCAGUCUUUACAUUUUAGCAUCAAGAAUAUAAAAUUAUUUACCUAAAAAAGCUAUUAGAACGUUAGUCUAUAAACUUUCAAUUUCUUGAUGGCACUUAUAUUGCAGUAAUGAUUUUGUUUCAAAUUAUUCAUGUGCAGAACACAAAGUACACGCAUAUUUUUCCGCUGACAUUACGUAUUGGGGGCACAUGUCACCAAUAUUUCACGAUUUUUAUUUAAAUAUAAAAUGAUAAUUUUUAUAAAUUUGUUCAUUAUAAAAAUAUGGCGACAAGCAACAAGCGAAAGGAAUUGAGCGGUUAUCAGAAAAGAAAAACAAAAGAGACGUCGACUGCGAGAAUUGAACAUAUCUACAGUAUUAUGAACCAUGGGCAAACCACUUUAUCCGACUUUUUACACCGCAAUACAAAUGAGUCAUUCGUCAGAGGUGAAAGUGCAUCGACAUGCUCAGCUCCCGCUGUGUUGGAAACAAAAGAUGAUGGAUCUAAAAAUACAGCUGCUGAGGACGAUGAAAUGCAAGUCUUUCGGACAGAUUGAGAAUAUCCAGAAUAUUGAAUCUACUAAUUUAGUGAUCAAGGUACAGUUUUGACAGUGAGAUUGAGGAAAACGAUUCAAGUCAGCCAAGGUCUUCUAAAAACACUCAUUGCAUCAUUUCUCGCUGUUACACCGCAUAGUAUGGCUACUGAGCGUGUUGUUUCUCACUACAACAGAGUAAAAACGAAGACAGAGCUUGUCUAAAACAGACAACAAUAAACAGUGUUUUACAAAUUUCACUGAAUGGGAAAGGAACUGUCCUGUUUGAUACAAGGGAGGCAGUAGCAGAAUUUUUAAAACGAAAAAGCACAAGAAAUUCCCAAACUGACACAGAACUUUUUAAGGAUAGAGAGUAUAUGAGAAAAUUAUAUAGGGAUUCAAGUUGAUGUUUGUAAUUUGCUUCUGUUUAGUCACUUUAGGGGAGAGUGCCAGAGUGGAACUGGAACACUUUCAACACUGCAUUUCAUUAAUUUACAAUCAUUUCAGUAUUUUUUUGUAUUUUUUGUCAGAUCAAUUGCAUCUGUUAGUGCGGCGAACUCAGAACUGGGGUUUUUCACUCAUGCCCUUGCUGGCAUGAUGCCCCAGUACGCCAGUACCGAAGUUAACGGAGUACCCCGCUGUAGUGUAGAAACUAGAAAUAAUAAAUAUGUGUUGAAUGUGACACUGUAAUACUCAAUAAGUUCAAGAAGCGUUUUAACACGAUUACUACACAAAUAUUCAAUACUCACUUUACUCAGAGCUGGACCGACAGCCGGCAGGGGGCGAGACACGGGGACCCUACCAUAAAUUUUGGCCCACCACUGUGAAUUCCUUAAAAUAUGCCUUGGGGCCGGCCACCCCUUACACAAAAUAUUCAACCGCAACAACUUUAAAAUAAGCUACUGCAGUUGCACGCCCACUAUCAAACAAACAAUUUAGUGACGGACACAACAGGACCAAACUGUCCUAAACCUCCACAACGAGCGAAGAAUGUACAUGCAACUUUAGAAAAAAAGAAGAGCGCCCAAUGUUAAAAAAAUGUUAGGUAGAGUCCAUUGUGUAUCAAGCUAUAGUUUCUACCAACGACAACACAACACCUCAAACAUAUGUUGGUCUUACGGAAAACUCUUCUAAAACUACAUAUUACAACCACAAAACGUGACGUUUUUACUUUUACUUUGUACGAGAAAAGGAACUCCACGCAACGUAGUAAAAAUGUCGACUGGCACUUAAAGCGCAGAGGAAUUGAAUUUUCCUUUAAUUUUAAAACAAAAAUGUAUCAGUAGGAAUGCAGGUGGUUUUCGACCCGGAUUUUCAGGGCGGCGCAGAGCAACGCCAGCUCUUGGAUAGAGAUAACGUACUUUGAUGUGAACAGCCCUUUUGUAGAGCUCUUAUGUAUUUCUCAUCCAACUCAGCAGCAAGCUCUUCCUAAUUCUAUAUCAGCUGAGCAAUUUUUCUAGCAGACAAAUUUCCUGAGAAGCUUUGCGCGCGUAGUUCGAAAACAGGGCACCAGUGGCGUAGCAAACUCGAUAAUCGGGGGGAGGGGGCAAUAUUCGUAUAUUCGUGUUCACUGACCUUAAAAACAAUUGAUUUCAAAAGAAAUUAAUAAGGCAGAACACGAAUAUAUGAAUAUCCUCCCCCCCCAAUUAUCGAGUUUGCUACGCCACUGCAAGGCACCAGCCUGUCAAACCGCGCUCAUCGUGAGCAUUCUCGUUUCUUUCGAUCAAAUACCUUCAAAGGCCAGUUACAUAUUUCAGAUAUUAAUAGUGUGCUAAAAACAGUGCUAUAUUAAUAUCAAACGGUUAUUAAACCACGUAAAACUUGAGCAAGGAGAUUUGUGAUAAGUCAAUAUCGCCAUUCACAUUUAUAUAUUCGAUUAAUAUAUUAUAGCAUAAAUUAUCAUGAUUGAUGAUUGGAUUUAUUAUAUGUUAAUAAAGAGCAUUUUUCAGUACACACCAUGCACCCGUGUUUUCCAAAAUUGCGGUGUAGGUUGUGAUAUCUAACAUACCAAGAUGUGUUUUCGCAAAUUAGCAUGAGGUAGGUUGUCGAGCACACCAUAGUGCAUUUCCUAACACAUCGUGGCGCGGUUAAGUUUCUAACACACAAAAGCGUGUUUUUUAAAAUUGUAUAGGAAUGUGUGUUAAAUGUACACACAUUUGUGUGUAAUUAAACACACCUUGGCGUGUAAUUGAACACACCUGUUUUUAGAAUGUAUUUAGGCAUCCAUGAAUACGUCAUACCACGCCUGUCGAUGCUAUCAUACGGCUAGGUUGUUUUUCUUACCUCACAGUCUGUUCUUGUCGAAAUGAGCAGUUCUAAAUAUUUGUUAGGAUGACCCCUAAUUUAUUCCUAAUAUUUAGUAGUAAAGUACAAAUUUCGUCCGCCACUUAUGCUCUCUUGAUCAAUAUAUGCACAUCAAAUUUCUGCUUGCACUUCAAUUCUAGAUCUGGAGUAUUAAAUUCAGAUUUUUACAGGUAACAUUACUUCCUUUAGCUGUAUAGUAGGUCUUGACUUGAAAUAUGGCAGAUUCUCGAUAAUAUAUAUUUUUUAAUUUUGAGGAUAUUUAUUUAAAUUUCAUUCCAGAUUGCGAUACAGAUUCAAUCGGUAAAAUUGAAUUUUCUAAAUCUUUAACCGGACCAAGCUACUAUUCACAUCCAGGCCCAAUCACAUUGACAUGCAAAGCUACUGGUGACAUUCAGUCAAUUAAGUGGAUAAGAAAAAGAUCUGAUGGAAUUGAACAAGAAUUAGAAAGCAAAGUAACAAUUAAUAAUUCAUCUAAUUACUGGCUAUCAAGGUUGGAAAAUUAUCUAUUAUCGAAGGACUUUCCAUUCACUUAUCAUUGUGAAGCUCUAGGAAUAUGCUGUAACAGGCAACAAUCAAACCCCAAAAUUGUAAAGCUAAGACCUGGAAGCACUGUUUCAGGUAAGUGUUAUGUUGCAGGGAUUUUUCGUGCGUUAGUCAAAAAUUUCGUUGCUGAACAUCGAGGGAGGGGAUUCUUUUACCGCGGGGGGGGAGUCGCAAAGCGAAUUGAUUUGUAUCCUGUUUUACGAAAAAAUGUUACGUGAAAAUUACGUCGCCCAAUGUCAGGGCUCGACAGCAUGCCUAGGAAACACAUAACUCCAUAUUUUGUCCUUAAUUUACAUGAAUGGUCAAAAGAUUUUCAAAAUUAUAUAGCGAUGCGAUUUUUUAAAACAUUUGAUUGAUUGUUAAUUCGCAGGAAGAGAAUUUCCGCGUUUAAUUCACUGCUUUCCGAGUUUUAAUAUUCAUACUGAAACUGCUUGUAUUAAGCCGCAGUAUUAAGCCGCAGUAUUAUGUAAAUUGACUGAAAUAUUAUGUAAAUUUCGUCUCUUAUUACGUACAGACGCGCAAUCCACUACAGCCUACAACAGCUAUAAUGCUAUAUCUAGUUAAACUAGAAUAUAUUUACCUUCAGGCCGUACAAAACUUUUUUGUUUUCUCUCGAACGUACUUCGGGAUGUAAGAUUCCGCACUAAAAUUUCACGGUGCGAGGAAGAAGCUUGUUAUGUUCACAGCGCUCAAUAAGUCUUCAAUGGAACGCUUCGGUUACAUAUCUUUAAGAUAUUGUUAAUUAAGAUGUUGUCGAUCGUCUUUCUCUAAAGCAGCCUUUGCGGUUUCGUGUUUAGAACUUCUGAUAAAUUUUCUGAUUGCCAUAAAACGCACGUGCUAUAAAAUCGGCGGGUACGCCGUACGCGUAUAAUAAUAAGAGACAGAAUUUACAUAAUAAUUCAGUCAAUUUACAUAAAUACAUAGACCUUUCCGUGCAUAUUAUUAGCCUGAACGGUAUGAUCGAUAAAAAAAUCCAGCCGACGGGAAUUCAGGAUUUUUUGAAUUAGCCAAUCGGAUAGCCUGUAUUCGAGCCCCUGAUCGCUUUAGCGAUCAGGACUCCCCACAGAUCGCGCAAAAGUCGAGAUAGCGAAUCAGAUGGCUGGAAUCUGACUCAGAGCGUGCGAAACUCAUGCGUAAGACCGCUUUUCUGCGCGUUCAUGUUCGAAGUCGUUGCUACUGCAUGGAUGAUAUCAUAGAACUGGACUGUUAAACUUUCAAUAAAUACACUGCGCGAAAUUUGAUAACUGGACAGCUAUUUUAAUUUAACAAUUUUCUGGCCAAUUUUUACCUUAAUCGCGUGAUCGCUCUGAUCACAGCUAAUAAAAUAGGAUGGUUUGGCUAGCUGGACACCCCCCCAAAAUAUGUUAUUAUUCUCGACUAUUGAGGUCACGUGACGCUUUUAGUGCAUCAGCUAUAAACAAUGAAUGCUUUACAAUAUGAGCGGCGACGCACUUCUACGCCGACCACCUUCGAAUUAACUGCUUUUUCUGGCGAAUUUUGGAAAAAUCUCAGUAGCUACGCUACGCCGGGUGCCAACUGGGCAAAGUAUGGCUGUUCGACAAGUCGAAAGAGUGGUCUUUCGUUAUUUAAGUUACCUUGACCAAGAGUGGAUAAUUGGCAAGAGACGAAAGCUUCGAAGGAGAUUGCGCGUAAAGAAUGACUAUAUGGAUACUAAGAACAAGCGAACAGAUGCAGAAAAUCGAGGAAAAUAAGAUUUUCCUAUGUGAGCGUCAUUUCAAAGACGAAUUGACAUCUGAUUGUAAGUACAGACUUUUUAUCUUUGCGCGAAAUAUUAUAAUUGCUCGGCCUUUGUCUUAUUGUGUAUAAUCAAUAUGGUUGAAAUAUUUGCGGUUUUGAUAUAUUGAAUAUAACUUAAAUAACUGUGAAUACUAGUCUAGUAAUUGGAUGUUUGCCCUUUUGUAGACUGAAAGAGGAAAUCGUUAGAAAGAGGAGCUGUUCCAACUGAAAAUCUGCCGUUAAACAGCCAUGAAACCAAGUCAAGCAUACGUUGGGUCCUUGAAAGACAACAAGAAGCUGGCACCCGUGGAGAAAAAAGAAACGCUUGAAGAGUUUUGUUAAAAUGUUAAGGGAGUUUCGCUUGAUCCUUGGAGUAUCACAGCAUGUACCGAUGAUGAAAUGGGAAUUGAACUUUGGGACAGCGAUAUUCAAUUCCCAAAUUUGUGCUCAUAGAUUCAUGUUCACAUUUUUGUUACAUGUUUAUAAUUAAAAUUUAUUCCAGCCAUAGAUGACGGAUGAACCCUGCUGAAAUUGCUGAACUUUUGCUGUCUCUUCAAAGGGGGGAAUUCAAGAUAUGCAAAGGUUUACAACAAGAAGGAAUAUCUAAACUCCAUUGCAAAGGAUGCUAUAUUGCUAUAUAUAACAUCUUGCUAUGUUACAUUUGUAUCUUGUGCACAAAACAGUAAAAUAGCUUCUUAUUGAACUAAAAAUGAAUUGAUGAGCCCAAUUUAAAUUAUCUGACUUCUACUAAAAUGUGUAUAGGUAUCCCCUUUGUUGGCUCUUUUCAACAUGGUGAUAUGGCGAGCACCCAUUGCCCAACCCUAUCCCACUAUGCCCUAAGCCGUGUUUACACUACUAGCCUAAACCUGGCCUCGGUCUGGCUUUGGACCAGAUUUUUCUAGUGUAAGGCCAGGAAAUCUGGGCCAACUGUUCUGAUAGGCCCAGAUUUUCUGGCUUAGACCCGGCCGAAGUGCAUUUACACUACAAAAAUCUGGUCCAAAGGUAGGCCCAGGCCAGGCUUAGGCUCGCAGUGUAAACACGGCUCUAGUAUAUUUAGGCCCAGGGGUAUGGACAUCCUCGUACCCAGGGUGUUUUUGGGAUGGAAAGUCCCUGCGACGGAGGUUGGGGUAUGGAGUGUAGGGUGUUAAUUAUUGGCUAUGUUAAAAGUAUUUUUGGAAUGGUGGACAAUCACAUAAAUUAUAUCAAUCGCUAUGCACUUUGUUAAUAAGGUGGAAUGACCCCCAAAAUUUAAAAAAAAAUUGUAAUUAUUUAAAAAAAAAUAGUAAUUUUUUUAAAUUUUCCCCCCUCAUAUAUGUCCUAGAGUAUGAAACUUUGAUCCUAUGUUGAUUUUACAUUUAUAUUAUACAUAUAACGGCUGUUUUUUUUAGGAUUAUUAGACGUUCGUGGCUUCGUUACCAUGGAAACAUAUUUGUUUACCCUUUGUUUUUAGACAAUAGCUUGAAAGUUAUUGCCCAAAAUCAACCCAAAAUAAAUGUGGGGUAGCUAUGAAGGACUGGGUUCUAUUUUAAACUAUUCCCAGGCUCCAGCACGCCAUAUUAGCAAAAUAAAAUCGAAGGUCGUUUUAUAUUCGAAGAUAUUUUCAAAAAUAAGAUGGGUAAAUUUGCGUCUAAAAGGCGCAAUAAACGGCAAUUCUCUGGAAAUCGUUUUACAAAACAUCCUCGUGUUGAUAAUGAAGAAGGGGGCGAUGUAAAAAUACCAGAAAAAUACGCUGGAAAGAUUUCUUCAGUGGAAGCCGAGACAAAUAAUGAGCACAAGGCUUCCGGAAAUUCAGCUUCUCUUGGAAAGCUGCAACAACUUAUUAACGAAAGAUCUAACGAUAAAACGUUGGAUAAUAGUGAUUGUAAGUUGCAGUAUUUCCCCAAUAAAACGUCAGCGAAACGCACGAUAUAUUCAAGUGGGAUAAACAAUCCAAAAUGUCCAAAAGGAUACAUAAUAUUUAUUGAUACAAAGUCAAAAUAUAUAAUCUCACUGUGUCACCGUGUGUGUGUGUAGUUUCUAAACAAUCAAUUUACAAAACAUAUUAAUUUAACUAUACAAAUACGAUUACAAACAAUGAAACAACACAAGACAAAUAUCUGACUGUUAGUCCUCUGGCUAUACUACAACACUACAACGUUCAAACAACUUUUAUAAAUCACACAAAUCAACGAGAGUUCGUCACUCGAAUAUAAAAGCAAAACAUGUGUUCGUCUCUGCCCUAUCGCGGGUUAAUCCCUAAAUUCGGGCUUCGCCUAGCUAGAUCCUACACCGGCCCCUAUCGCCUAAUGCGAUACUACAAAGAGGAUCUAGAUAAGAUAAUACGAACAAGUUUAAGUAAGACAGUUUGAAGAACUUAUUGAUCACCAUCUAUCUUUGUCUCUUCCAACAUACACAACUUUCGCACAUCUCUCCUGAAUUUUCCACUUCUGGUUCAAAUAAUAACUUGACGAACCGUUCCAUGUUCAUCCGGAAAAACUUCUUCUACUAUUGCCAUUGGCCACUGUCGCGAGGGCAUCCACUAUCGACCAAUAAAACGAGAUCCUUUACUUGAACAUUUGUUGCUUGUUUCCGCCAUUUCUGCCGCAGUUGUAAUGUGGGUAAAUAUUCACUAAUCCAACGCUUCCAGAACGAAUUCGCUAACACUUGUGCUUGCCUCCAUCGUCUGCCGAAACGAUCAGCACCCACGAAUACACCGAGCGGUAAACACGAGUUAGAUCUCAGGAGUAACAACUUACUCGGGGUUAAUGGGUCUAAAUCAUCAAGUUGUCCUUCACCACGUACAAGCGGUCGAUCGUUGAGUAUUCUCUCUACUUCUACAAGCAAGGUUACCAGUGUCUCAUCAUCGAGUGUUUGUUCGGUCGUCAGAGCAGCUAAAAUCCGUCGCAUGAAACGGAUAACUCGCUCCCAUACUCCACCAGGGUGGCUCGCCGAUGGUGAAUUAAAGUGCCAUGAUACACCCUUCAUCCUCAAUUGGUCGUAAAUCUUCUUCUGCACUUCGUCCGACUGGAUGUUCUCGAAUGCGUCUUUCAAUGUACCGGAGGCUCCGACAAAGUUUGUCCCGUUGUCGCUGUACAUAUCUGUUGGGAUACCUCGGCGCGCUGUAAAACGACUGAAGGCACACAAAAAGGACUCUGCGUCUAGGGAAUGCGCUACUUCGAUGUGAACCGCGCGAGUUGACAUACACGUAAAGACACGCCCGUAUCUCUUAACCAUACUGGACCUCUUUUGUCGAGGAGAGGUCCAAAAUAGUCCACUCCAGUUGAUGCAAACGGAUUUUCACAUGCAGUGGAAAUGGAGCCAUGAUCUGCUCACAACGCCAAUUUAAAAAAGCAUUGAUGGUUUUCAAAUCUUUAAAUAACCUUGUACCCGAAUAUCUAUGUUCUAAAUUUACUAAUCGCAAUAAUGUAACUUCUUAUAUACUUCGAGACGCCGUGAACAAACUUGCUGCUCCUUUACCCCGCACCAAUUAUCUUAAAAAUAGCUUUAGCUAUAGUGGUGCAGUGUUAUGGAACAGCUUACCUAGCAAUAUAAGACAAGCGGAAUCUCUUACUGAAUUGCGACAAUUGUUGAAACAUCAUAUUCGAUAGACACGGCAUUCAUGGAAAACAGGUAUAAAUAUUAAUGUAACAUAGGCGUGAAAAUUUUUUUAAACUUUUUAAUGUAUAGAUAACUUUUUUGUAAACCUGAUGAAGCUACCGUGCUUAAAUAUAGAUUUGACUGCACGGUGAUGCAUACAUUUUACGACAGCGAAUGCACUUAUCGAUAAUCCAUCUGAUUCUAGAUCGCCCUUGGAGGAUCCAAUACUCUCGUUGGAUUGCUGUAAGGACUGUUCAAACGCCCGAAUGACCCUCCUUCUAAUGCUGUAUCAAUAAAUAGACAAGGUGGUGCUUGCUGAGAAUCACGACUGGAUGCUUCGCGUCGAAACUUAUUUUCGCUCGUUUCAACCGACCGCCAACUCUCAUCAAGCCAUAUCUCCCAUAAAUGGCGAUAGUGCCGACAAUCUGCUCGAUUUCUUUACGAUUGGACGGGUUCCGUGGGAGCUUUUCGGUUUUAGUUUCAGGCAAGCGACUUCGUUGGGAAAUGAUACGCGCUGAACGUAACGGAUGAGGCGUAUCUUUGCCGUCUGCAACUCUUCGACUGUCAAAGGCUGUUCUCCGGCCCCAACGACUCUACGCUGCUUCAACGAGUUCGAAAUUUCGGACGAUGGAUUUACUUGUCGGGAAUCUUUCACGCCAAAAUUAUCUUGUACGAAAUGGAGGAACCAGAUGAGCCACGCUAUCCCUUUUAGCAGGCGGUACCACGAGGAAUAGUAUUGGAUAAAGGAAUCUAGCGGAUCUCCCUCGCGAACUUGCGUCUCGUAAAUUUCGACUUCGCGCUUCCAUUCCAGACUUUCGUCCGACAAAACAUUCACCCCUUCUGGACGUGCAGGCCAGUUACAUUCAUCAUUAUGCAGGAAUUCCGCCCCGUUUAUCCAAAGAUUUAUCUCGCGCUCGUCACUUGGUCGUAAGCCUCUGGAUGCAAAAUCUGCCGGGUUAGCUUUCGAGUUGACGUAUCGCCACUGCGACGGAUUCGAAUUCUCGUGAAUGAUGGCAAUCCGGUUUGCGACGAACGUUUUGAAGCGGCUAGCCUCGUUAUUGAUAUACUGUAAGACACACGUUGAAUCUGUCCAGAAUAGAACGGACUCGAUCUUCAAAUCUAGCUCCUCUCGAAUCUGGAUAUCCUGCUUUACAGCUACGGUCGCUGCUGUUAGUUCUAGCCUUGGAAUGGUCGUGGGUUUUAUGGGAGCAACUCGGGAUUUUCCCAUCACCAAACUGGAAUGGAUUCGAUUUUCCAUGUCCGUGAAACAAAGAUAGGAAACGACGCCAUAACCGUCAAAUGAAGCGUCAGCGAAAUGGUGCAACUGGAUACUCCCUAGUUCGGCAGAAUGACUUGGCUUGAAACAUCUUGGAACGCUGAUGUUCACCAACUUAGGCAGGUCGUUCAGCCAUCGUUCCCACGCAUCUAGCACUUCUCGCGGAAUCUCUUCAUCCCAUCCCACUUUGUCCUUGCAUAGUUGCUGUAAAAGACGUUUGGCCGGUAAAACAAACGGUGCGGCGAACCCGAGAGGAUCGUACAGAAAACUGACGUCCGAGAGAGUCCCUCGUUGAGUGAGCGUUCUCUUUCUUCUUAUUACCCGGAAACCGAAUGUAUCUUUCUGUACGUUCCACUCCAUGCCAAACGCUCUUUCUACUGAGAGUUCCUCGAGAUCUAAACUAACGACAGACUGCGCACGUUCAGUUUCUGGAAUAGAAGUUAGAACUUCUUUGCUGUUGCUAACGAACUUCGUUAUUCGAAACGAGCGUCUCGACAGCAUCUCGCAAAGUUCCUGGAUCAACUGAAUAGCUGCUUGUUUGUUGGAAACGGACUUUAAGCAAUCGUCGGCGUAAAAAUUCUUACGUAUUGUCUCGAUGGUUUCCGGACUGAACUCCUUUUUAAAUUCCUCUGCGACCUUUCUCAGGCAAAACCCCGCACAACUCGGUGAAGAUGUUGCCCCAAACAGGUGGAUCAGCAUCUGAUAUUCUUCCGUUGGUUUAUCAUAAUCACCGUCCUCAAACCAAAGGAACCUCAGAAGAUUACGAUGCUCUAAUGAAACCAUUACUUGACAAAACAUUGCCUCGAUAUCCGCCAAAAGGCAAUGGGAUCUUCGCGAAACCUCAACAACACGCCUACGAGUUUGUUCGUCAUGUCGAGACCCUGUAGUAGUUGCUUGUUCAGUGAUACACCUUCGAAACUGGCGGCGCAGUCAAACACGAUUCUCGGUUUUUCGGGUUUUUGGGGUGCACGACCGGGUGAUGUGGAAGAUACAAUACAUCGCUGUUUUCUUGUCUCGCUUCGACAGGGGGGGGGGGACUUGAUUGAUCUUGCAUGCAUACCCUUUGUUCACGUAAUCAUCGAUCCCUUUCUUGUAUUUGUCGUAGAGGUUCGAAUCUUUCUUCAGUCUCGUCUUGAGGGAAUUUAAUCUUCGUUCUGCUAGACUCUUGUUGUUAGGAAAAUUCGGUCUUUCACGCAAUGGCAAAUCCAGUUGGUAAUGAUUGUCCACGACAAUGAGCGAUUGUUCCAUGAUGGCCAGAGCCCUUUUGUCUUCCAGCGACAUCUCCGAAUCUUGACAAUACAUCGUCUCACUAAAGUCCAUUUGGAACAGUCUCUCUGCGACUGACAAAGACUUUUCCGACAAAGCGUAUGGAAUUUCGAGACAGUCUUUCUGACCCAAACCUUGAACGUAUAAGAAGUGAGAUCUCCCAGAUUCUUGUGACACAUUAUUCAUUGUAGUGAGCGUGAAAUCUAUUGGCUGUCCGUUCGAGUUCAAUUCUUCGACUAGACUCUCUUUCACAAGGGUGGUAUUUGAACCUUCGUCUCUUAUUGCAUAAGUUAUCUUCUCACAACUUCUAUCUUUCGCAAACACCUUUACAGGAAUUACUCGUAAGCACACUCGAUUCUUGAUGGUUCCGGUGGCACCACAGUGACCAGUCUGAACAUUUCCGGUUGGAGCUGCGUGUGAGUCUGGUUUUCUCUCUUCGUUUUGAUUUCCUGGCAGGUCUUUCUUUCCGUCCUUGGCAGUCUCUGCGGGAUGGAGCAUUGGAUGAUGGCGCUUUCCGCAUCCUGGAACAAAACAGCCACGACUCGUCUUGCAGUUAUUGGCGAAAUGACCCUUGCAGAGACAAAGGUUGCACAGUCUCUUCGUGUUUACGAUGCUCUUUCGCUCUUCAUAGGGCUUUCCUUGAAACUUAAAACACUUUUCGAUUGUGUGACCAUCUCUGUCGCAAAAUAAACAUUUUGGUCUUCCCGUCGGGUUCUCAUGCCGUGAAUGAUCUCCAGAAUGUCCCUUUAUCUCCAUGUUUGAACCGUGUGAUAGGUAAGUCGUCACAUUCCUGCCCACUCGAGGCCCCUUGCCAAAUUCCUUGUCGUUGUUGGAUCUUGCACUUAUGAGUCUAACAUAUUCACUGUUGGCCAGCUUUGCCUUCUUAACAACAAAUCUCGUAAGCUGCGCAAAGUCUGAUUCUUCACUCCGAUCUCUUGAGUUUUUUGCCUCUUUGGCCCACUCCGAACGAAGAUAUCUUGGAAGACGCAUGACUACAGCACUCAUGUUGCUUCUUGAGUUGAUAUCAGCCUGAUAGCCGAGUUUGUUCAAGUUCAUCUCGCAAUUCUCCAUAUCUCGUGCAAGCUGCAUCAAUCUUUCGUUCUCGUUCUCUUUGAUUGGUCCCCUCCAGUGAUGUUAUCGAUGUGGGAUGCUGCGACUAUGUGUGUUUGUCCAAACAUCUCAUGUAAGAUAGACUUGGCUUUAAUAUAACCUUCCUCUGCAGGUAACAUUACUGUUCCACUUAUAGCUUCCUUCGCCUUUCCACUGCAUAGUUGUAUCAUGAAGUUACGUCUAGCAUUAGGGCUGGACUCAAUGUCUUCUACAUUAGUUUUGAAAUUCUCCAUGAAGCUGGGAUAGGUCAACGGGUUGCCAUCAAAGGUCAUAUACUCUCUUCGUGGCAUUUCGAAUCCCUUGCUUAUGGUAGUUCCAAUUGUGCUUGCCAUCAAGUUGAAGGCUUGUUGUUGAUGCUCAAAUAUCUGCCGGGCAGCAGUAACAGGUUCUGGUAAUGGUACAUUGUUGGUGAUAUAAGUUCCCAAAUGUUGUGGGUUGUGUUGACCACUGAGAUGCCGGGGGGACGAACACAGGGGGUUGACGCGCUUGUAUAUCGAAUGAUUGUUCACGAUUACAAUCACGUGAUUGCCCCGAUUUUGGGUUUUGCUCCAAUGGUAGGCGGUCCUGGGAUGACGGUUGCCGGUCACCCUCCCAUGGGGGUCUUCUUCCAUAAGGUGGACUACACUGAAGAUGGUUUGGAAAUGGUUGCAUUCGACUCACCUGUGGUGGAAUAUCACCAUCUCGGAUGGUCUCUGGUAACUGUGUUGAUGGUGAAUUGUGGGUCUCCAAACUUGUUUGAUUAACUGAUGUGACUCUUGGGAUAUCUGUGUUGUCUCUAGUAGAGGUUUCAAUGUUGUUGUUCAUACCACUAGCAGCUAUAGGAUGAUCAACCUGUUCCUCCAACUGAUCCAAUCUUUCUGGGUAAUCAUCACCUCGAUUUGACCUUGAAUCUGGAUCAUCCUCUUCAUGUUCUAGCUGUUCUUGCAAUUGUGCUUCUGCUAAUCUUACCUCUAAUUCAUGCAAUCUGCGCCUUCCUUCCAGCUCAGCUAGCUUCUUCUGCUGUUCCAUUUCGUGUCUUUGCAUUUCUAAGUGUAACUCUAUCUGUUCCUGAUCUAGUCCCUGUUUUUCCUUUAAAUGCUUCAACUCUAGCUCGAGUUUAGUUUUGACAAUAGUGGACCUGUUCGACACUCCUGACCUAAUGCUAAGCGCAGGGGCAGAUCGAGUUACCAUCUGCCGGGUCUCUCCCACAAUAGGCUCA